AUGGCAACGCGUCUCAGACCCGGACAACCUACUGUUGCUGCCCUCCCUAGCUCUCUUACAUUCGACGGAAAGACCGCACUCGUUACCGGGGCUAAUAGCGGACUGGGUCUUGCCACAUGCCUCCAUCUCCUGCAGCGUCAUCUCCCGAAGCUGAUAAUUGGUGUCAGGAACAGAGACAAAGGCGAGGCCACCAAGGCUCAGCUUCUUGCUGACCCAGUAGUUGCCGCCUUAGGACGUCGGCCGGAUAUCCUUAUCUACGAGCUAGACCUCUCGUCGCAAAAGUCCGUAAUCAGCUUCGGGGAGGCCAUUCGGAAUGACAUACCCAAAUUGGACCUUGUCCUUCUCAACGCAGGCAUAUACGCCUUCGAAUGGAAGGUAUCACACGAGACGCGCCGUGAGCUGACUUUCCAAGUCAACUAUGUUUCCAAUGCACUCCUCGCCAUCCUUCUCCUCCCCCUCCUCCAAUCUUCAUCCAUCCAAUCAAACACGCAUUCCCACCUGUCCAUCGUCGGAUCAGAGAUGGCAGUCAUCCUCAAGCCUAUGCAUAUCCCUGUCCAGUCCGCCGUAUUCGACUUCAUAGCCGAUCACGACAAUUACGCAGUCAAUAAUCGAUACGGAGAAACCAAGCUCUUUGUGGCCAUGUUCGUUCGACAGCUAGCCAAACGCGUGAACCAUGCCCAGGUGAUUGUAAACUGCAUGUGUCCAGGGCUGGUUGCGACAAGCCUUGCGAGGGACUCGCCAUGGUACCUGAGAAUUUUCUUGGGUGUAUUUUAUGCUGUGAAGAGUGCCAGGACACCAGAAGUUGGAGCCAGGCUGAUCGUCAAGGCGUUGGCAGCUAGCCCCCAGAGCCACGGAAAGUUUAUGGUGAACGAUAGAUUGAAACAGGUUCCGCUCAUGGAAACUGAGGAUGGUCUUCAGGUCGAAGCGAAGAUGUGGAAGGAAACUCUUAAAGUUGCAGAGAAUGUUAUACCGGGUUGCCACGCCGUUCCUCCUCAUCGCUCAUUUUUCACAUACGCCAGACCGAAGCCCUGGCGUACAGUACGCGUCGACAACCUUCCUGAUGGCUAUGACGUGACCAGUAUCAUUCAAACGAUCCGUGCUAACCCGGUGGAGAAGAUCGUUGCAGAGAGGAACCAUUUACUGGUCCAAUUCUUCGGAAAUUACAUGGCCGAACGAUGUAUACAGAACUAUAACGGCCCUCCACAUUUGUCGCUAAAGCUAAAUGAAGCUCCUUCGCCGCCUCUACAUGCUGCGACAGUCGCGGCCAUCGGAUACCUCAACCUGUCGCGCUCUUUCAAGAUCGACAAUCUUCCAUUGGAUUUUAACCUUGUUGAACACGAGAUCUGGAAACACAUUUCCGAACCCAAAAGCGUAGAAUAUUCCCGAAUCCAUUGCUCUCAUACCAGAACCAGCGCUGAAUUCUGUAUGAUCGAUACUGAGACGGCCAUCAACAUGGUUGCAGAUUUCAAGGGCCUGGCAGCUACGGAAGCGUCUUUCAGGGGAACCGGGGUGUUUUACACAAGCGGCGAUAUCGAACCCAUCUACCCUGUAUGGUACAAAGAGAACGACAAGGUUCAUCCUCGGACAAUAACCGUUUCUGUGACUACCGAUACAUACAGGCCUCUUCGAAGUUCUAUGAUGGAAUUCGAGAGAACUUACCCAACUUUAUUAAAGGCAAGCACGAUCCGGCAAGAAAACACAGUGAUAUUUGGCUUUGCUACCAAUGACUCCGCCCAAUUCUUCAGGGGGAUGCUUCAGUCCCGGUCGGAUGAACUUGGCCUCAAGAUCCCCUUCAAAUAUGAUAAUCGCCCAGAAGUUGUAUCUGACAACGUAAUUACUGCCGUCGCCUUGGGCGCCCGACGCACUAUAAUUCUUACUAUCCCCGUCGAGCGAUUGCUGGAACAGAGCCAAUAUCAUCUUUUGUUUAGAGAAUUCGGAAACAUCUCCUACGUUUCCAAACGUGUCAGGGAAGACCUUCCCAUGGCAUCUAUACGAGUUCAAUUUGAAGAUAUACGCUCAGCUUUGAAGGCCGUGUACCUAUUGUCUUCGCCUGGGAACCAAAAUGGUGUGCGGGUUUCCCUCCAAGGUUCUACUGUGUCAUUUUUGGGGGCCCUGCACCUGCAACCCGUCGUCAUUGACUAA